AUGGGUAAACCCACUCUUUAUGGAAUCGAUGGCAGUCCACCAGUUCGCUCUGUGCUCCUCACCUUGAAGGCCCUGGGCCUGGACUUUGACUACAAGAUUGUCAAUUUGAUGGCCGGGGAGCACCUGAAGCCGGAAUACCUGAAGAUUAAUCCUCUGCACACAGUUCCCACCCUGGAGGACAAUGGUUUCUACAUCAACGAUAGUCAUGCCAUCAAUGCCUACCUCGUGAGCAAAUAUGGCAAGGACGAUUCGCUGUAUCCCAAGGAUCUGCAGCAGCGGGCCAUUGUGGAUCAGCGUUUGCACUACGACUCCAAUGUGCUGGUCGGCACGGGAAGAGCUCUCAUCACGCCGCUUAGGGAGGGCAAGUCCGAGAUUCCCAGGGCCAAAUUCGAUGCUCUGGAAGAGGCCUAUAAGACACUCAACUUGUUCUUGGAGACCAACGAUUUUGUGGCUGGUAAAAAUCUAACCAUCGCUGACUUUCACAUCAUUGCUGGAUUGUCUACUACCAUGCUUAUGCAUGAUGUGGACGCCAGCAAGUUUCCCAAGCUGGCCAGUUGGGUCCAACGUAUCAGGCAGUUGCCCUACUACGAGGAGGCCAACGGAUCCCAAAGGAUGUCCAUGAUUGUCAACUUUAUCAAGAGCAAAAAAUUCACUAUUGUUUAGAUCUCA